AUGUCUCACACUCCGGCGGACAUGUACAGCCUGCCUAGCAGUCUGCGGGUCAUCUCCCUCAAUUGCUGGGGCCUCAAAUUCAUCUCCAAAUACAGACAUGAGCGUCUCCUGGAAAUCGGCAAACAGCUGGCUCACGCUUCCCCCACGCCACAGAUUGUAGGCCUACAAGAAUGCUGGACCCAGCAAGAUUAUCUCGCCAUCCGCGAGCUGACCAAAGACAUUUUACCCCAUGGCAAAUUCUACUUCAGCGGCAUCUUCGGUGGCGGGCUGGCGAUCUUGUCGAAAUGGCCCAUUGAGGAGAGUUCAAUGUACCGCUAUCCGCUGAAUGGACGACCUGCUGCGUUCUUUCGUGGGGACUGGUAUGUGGGAAAGGGUGUUGCAUGUGCGCGAAUCAGAAUCGGUCCGGGAGUGAAGGAUGUGGUGGAAGUUUUCAACACCCAUUUACACGCACCGUAUGAGAAGGAGCCGAAUGAUUCCUACAUCUGCCAUCGCACGGCCCAAGCGUGGGAGAUUGCGAAGCUGAUGCGUCAUGCUGUCGAGCGUGGUCAUAUGGUGCUCGGACUGGGAGAUUUCAACAUGGUUCCGUUGAGUUUGGCGCACAGAUUGGUAGAGGCGCAUGGUGCCGUGAGGGAUGUGUGGAGAAUUAUAUAUCCCGACUCGGCGUUGGGGAGUGCUGAAGGAGAGGCGGAGCGGGCUCGAGGAAGGGCUUGUCCGACCAGCAAGCAAUGUCUCGAAGAACAUGGUACGACCUGUGAUCAUCGCUUCAACACAUGGCGAUGGAGCAAAGAAAUGCGCAAGAACUUGGAAAAUGGCAAAGAUUCGAUCAUCGAUCCAGAAGGUCUUGAUUCAAAAGCGAAAAGACUGGACUAUGUCUUCUUCGCCGACAAUGCGGAGCACAGUGGCCAAAGCUGGAGCGUCGACCAAGUGGAAGUCGGUUUCACUAUGCGACAUCCCACGUUAAGAUGCUCUUUGAGUGAUCACUUUUCGAUCGAAACGACCCUCACUCGCAAGCCCGCUACAGCACCGGACUUGACAAAGCAAGCCUMAUCGAAGAUCCGCCACCUCGACCAUGACACAUAUGUCGUGAUACAGAACAUGAUAGACAAGUACGACAUUCGCGAACGCAAGCAACGCCGCCUACGACUCACUCACUUUGGAGUUGAGCUUCUCGUCUCGAUUGGCUGUCUCAUCGCCGUAUGGUGGUCGCCACGAAACUACGUUUCAUUCAUAUUGAUGCUCAUCAGUACUCUUGGUUUGAGCUGUGGCGUGCUCGACGGCUUGAUGGGUGGACUGUUCGUUGGCUCCGAGAUACGUGCGCUGAAGGAAUUUGAGUAUGAGAUCCAAGUUGCGGCUGAGAAGGCCAGAGCGUUGUAUGGAAAUUAUUCGGAGGAUGAAGGCAAUGUUGAACAAGCAACGGAGAGUGCACUUCGCAGUCGCGAUGGUAUGACAAACAAUGGCAAGGUACAAUUAUAG